AUGUUCGCCGUCGCGGAACCGUUCCACGCCGUGCAGGCUCUCCUCACCCUGCUCUUGUCCGUGUCCGCAUUCACCGCGGUGGUGGUGGACGCCUCGCCGGCGUACCUGCUGGCGCAGCGCAGAGGCGGAAAGUUCACCUAUGAGGCGAAAAGCGACCCCGUCGUCGACAUUGAUCGCCUACUGCCAAAUGCGUCAUGUAGCUUUCUCUACGCCUUCACCGAGGACAUGAACAUCUUCAUCAAGAACCUCAUCAGCAGCUCCGUCAUGGCGAACUUCGGCACUGGUGCGGAAGAGCAUGGCUUUGACCGCUGCAACUUCUUAUCCUUGCCGCAGAACGAUUGGAACACCACCUACACCCUCUCGGGUUGCUUCAAGACACUGCUGCACGCGGGCAUCGCCGGCGACUGCGUCGCCGACAACCCGCUCUGCUGCGUUCAGUACUGGCGCUAUCCAGCGUCGCUGCCAGACCGCUUGCCGUCAGAUCAGAUCGACCCCCGACUCAUCUUCUGGGAUGGCACGAAGGCGGUCAACGGCUUCUACACGAACUUCUCCGACAAGUACCGUGCCCAAUACCGGAGCUGUUCAUCCUUCAGGCCGUGGCCGGAAUGCUCCUGCAUCUACGGCGCCAACUCUACGCUUGCGGUAGACGCCAACGGUGAAUGGCGCUACACACGUCGCUACAUGCCCUUCUUGACCUACGUCGAGCACCGCGUCGACACCCCGACCGGCAAGGCAGCCGCCCAGCUCGCACUGCUGGACACCACUUCCGCCCCGGCGUGGGCGGCGGUACAUAAGUUCGGCGAUAUCCCGCUGCUGGUCCCGAUCGUCGUGUCAGCGGGUCUUCUCGUCAUUCUCUUCAUUUCUCUCCUCCUCAUGUACCUGUGUGGGUACAAGCCGGCCUUGAAGGAGGAAGCGGAGUUGUGUGCCAAAAUCGAAGACGUGCAGGCUCGAACGGCGAGAGCCGAGGAGAAGCUCGCAGCAAAGCGGCGUCGAAAUCAGCGCUCGGUCAGCUCGCUCGCUCGGACGCCACAGGGCAGCGUUGUCGCCUCGUCAACGGUGACUCUGAGUCCUGUGACCCAGCGCUGCGCCUCCUCACACAGCAUCAGCCCCAAAUCCGCCCAGCUCCACGUGCUUUCCGCUGAGCCGCAUCAGCAGCAGCAGCAGCACGCCUGUGCCGCGGCGGCGCUCUCGAGCCAAGGCAUUCAGUCGCAGCCGCAGACCCGUGGCAGCUUUAUAGCUGCGCGCAGUAGAACGGAUGCGGUGCAUCGACGUCCUUCAUUCUGGCCGGACAGCACCUGCAGUCGGAAAAGCAGCCCUGUCACCACCGCGGCGUCGAUGGUCAAUAACCCACCGGCGAAUUCGAUAUUGAAACGCGCCUCAAGUACAGGCUCCAUGAAAUCGGCAGCAUCACGGCAGUCUCCGCAGAGCUUCCAGAACCCGCUCAUUGGGCGACAGACCUUUGGCGUCUAG